CUCCUACUGAAAUAUCACAUUAAACCAUAACAAGAUGGCCUCCUUGUCAGUGGAUCCAGUGACGGAGCCACGGAUGUACCAGCAAACGCUCCUACAAGAUGGGCUCUGCGAUCUCCUGGAUGCUAACAAGUUUGUGGACUGUGUUCUGAAGAUCAAAGACAAAGAGUUUCCUUGUCAUCGGCUAGUGCUAGCCGCUAGCAGCCCUUACUUCAAAGCCAUGUUCCUUUCGGACCUGGAAGAGAGCAAAAAGCGGGAGAUUGUACUAAAAGACAUCGAACCUGGGGUCAUGGGAAUGAUCCUGAGGUACAUAUACACCUCGGAUAUCAACCUGACUGAGCAUAACGUCCAAGACAUUUUCAUGGUGGCCAACAUGUACCAGAUUCCAUCAAUCUUCAGCAUGUGUGUGUCAUAUCUGCAGCAGAAGCUGGUUCUCAGUAACUGUCUGGCCAUCUUUAGAUUGGGACUGUUGCUGGAUUGUCCGCGUUUGGCUAUGGAGGCGCGGGACUUCAUCUGUGACCGGUAUGCCCUCAUCACUCGGGACCAGGACAUCCAUCAGUUGGGUCCCGGUGAGCUGGCUGCAAUCAUCACAUGUGACUCCCUGAAUGUGGAACGAGAAGAGUUGGUGUUUGAAUCUCUCAUGGAGUGGGUGGAGUAUGACACGAGUGAGAGAUUGAAGGACCUGCCACAACUUCUACACUGCGUACGUUUCCGUCUUAUACCGACGAGUUACUUUAAAGAGAAAGUCGAGGGGCACCGAUUGAUCAGGACGAAUCAGGAGCUCAAGAAGGAGCUUCAGAUUGUCAAGGAUGCACAGAAAGGACUGCUACACAGGGUCAAAAGGGUCAAGAAGGAAGGCGAGACGGCGGAUUCUGAGCAUGAGGAUGAGGAGGGUUUGCUGCCAGGGAUCCUAAAUGACAAUCCACGUUUUGGAAUGUUUCAAACAGAUCUUAUAUUGAUGAUUAGCGAUACAGGAACGGUAGCAUACGAUGUUGGCGCAAACGAGUGCUAUGUGGCGUCUUCAUCCACUGAGAUCCCUAAAAACCACUGCAGUCUUGUCACGAAGGAAAAUCAGAUCUUUGUCGCUGGAGGUCUGAUGUUCAAUGAGGAGAACAAAGAACAGCAGUUCAGCUCGUACUUUCUUCAGUUUGAUCCCAUGAGCUCUGAAUGGUUGGGGAUGCCCUCACUACCAGACCCUCGCUGUCUGUUUGGUCUGGCUGAGGCUGAGAACUCCAUCUAUGUGAUGGGAGGAAAAGAGCUGAAGGAGGGAGAACGUGCACUCGAUUCUGUUAUAGUCUACGACAGACAGUCAUUCAAAUGGAGAGAUUCGGACCCUCUUCCAUAUGCAAUUUAUGGACAUGGAAUUAUUUCACACAAAGGACUGGUCUAUGUGAUAGGUGGAAAAACUGAGAGCAAGAAAUGCCUGAGGAGAGUAUGUGUCUAUGACCCCUCUAAGUUUGAAUGGAAGGAUCUGGCACCCAUGAAAACUGCCCGUUCGCUGUUCGGCACAGCUGUUCACAAAAACAAAAUCUAUGUGGUGACUGGAGUCAUUGAUUACGGCCUGACUAACAGUGUGGAGGUCUAUGACAUCGCCAGCAACACCUGGUCAGAGUUCGUGGAGUUUCCCCAGCAGAGAAGCUCUCUUAACCUGAUUGAACUGGGCGGCUGCUUGUACGCUGUGGGGGGUUUUGCUAUGAUGCCCAAUGAGACCACAGAAAAACUGGAGCCCACUGAAAUGAACGACAUAUGGAAGUUUGAGGAGGAGGAGAACUGUUGGAAUGGGAUCCUGAGAGAGAUCCGUUAUGCUGCAGGGGCCACGGUGCUUGGAGUACGUCUGAACACCUUGAAACUCACAAAGAUGUGAUCUACAGCUAUCUAUUGACAAAAUACAGAGUAAACAAUGUCGCCCACAUCUUCAUAAAAGAGCAAUACAUAUUCCAUUGAAUCAAAAAGAAAGUCACAGACUUGGCUUGCUUAAAGGGGUCAUAUGAUGCGAUUUCAAGUUUUCCUUUCUCUUUG